AUGCUUGGGCUCGGAUCGCUGACACUGCCAUCAGUGUUUGCGCGGCUGGGGUGGGUGCCAGCGCUGGCCAUCAUAGCCAUCUGCGCGCUCGGCACAAUCUACAGUGGCCGACUUUUCACUCUGCUCGUGCCGAACGCGCAUGUGUUUGAUGAUUUGGGCGGCGCGGCGAUGGGGGUGUGGGGCCGGCGGCUGGUAUACUGCACAGUCUACCUCACCAUCAUGGGCGAGCCCAUCAUCUUCCAUCUGACCUCCAUGGAGGCCCUGCAGCAGAUCUUCUACCGCUCCCGGCUCAGCCAGGGCCUUGCUGCCGCCAUCGUGGCCGCAAUCAUGCUGCCCCUGGGACAGAUCCGGGGGAUUGAGGAGGUGAGCGCGGUGUCCGUGGUGGGCACGCUGGGUAUGUUGGUUGCGCUCGCAAUUGCCGCCAUCAAGAUCUGCGUCACCCCACACGUCAACUGGAUGAGGUACCUGAUAGCGAUGAAGGAGCGCCGGAAGUUUCCGCGCGCCGUGGCGGCGGUGACGUCAGUGAUGACCGUCGUCUACCUGGCGGUGGGCUCAGUGGGUUACUACCGCUUGGGCAGUCACUUUGACCUCACCAAGCCGCUCACCUCUAUCCUGCCCCAGGAUGCCUGGCUCAUGGCUGCCAAUGUGGGCCUGCUAGCCCAUUGCAUUGUUGCCUACAUGAUCAAUUUGAACAUAUGGACGCACCUGCUCCUGCACCUCUUUGUGCCCUCCUUAAAUGGGGUGGAGGAGAGUUCGAGCCUUAAGGGCCGCGGUGCAUGGGCGGCGGUGAGCACAGCGGGCAUAGCGCUGAGCUGGCUGGUCUCCAUAACGUUCCCCUACUUCUCCACAGUCAUGGCCAUCAUCGCCGCUCUGGGCGACCUCGCCGGCGCUUAUGCCCUGCCCGCCCUCUUCGUCCUGUACUUGAUGGCGCACAGGCUGCCUCGGUGGGAGAGGAUGUUCUGCUACGUGCUCAUCCCAGUCUCCCUGGCGCUGUCAGCCGUGGGCAUCGUUUCCUCUAUCAGGGAGCUCAUCAGCGAAUUCAGAGGGCACCAAGGAUAAACUUUUGCAGUUUGACCACGAGACACACACAAAUGUUUGAUCCCACCAGUUUCAGGAGGUUGUCCUGCAGUAAAUUGGUCUCAUGAGCUCACCAAUGUCGCUCUGUUCUGCACAGUAUUGCAGUCCUUCAAUGAGGCUGUUAAAAGCCUUGCUUGAGGCUGCUGCCUGCAAUUUCCACAGGAGAGGGCAGCCGUGAGAGCGCCAAUGUCUUUGGCGCUGUAUUCAGUUGAGACAGUGAGAGUCAUAAGCAUGAACACAUGACGACUCUGGCAACGUUGCCACCUGGGACAAGGCGUCCAAUUCGGUUAAAGCGUGACCCUCUGAAUGGAGCAAUGUUUGGAAGUGAGUAUUCAAUUUCAUUCCAUUCAUGUCCGGCUGAUUUGUUCAGCGUGACAUUCAGAGUAGUUGACUUCAACAAUGCGCCUAAAAGGGGCUCAGUGCUCUGCUGGUGCAAUUGUUUGUUGGCAUUACCACUAGCAAUUGCAAUCCUGUUUGUGCUGUGAUCUUGUCAAUUUUUUUAGGUAAAUAAAUUUGCUUACGGACUGGCUGCUUUGUGCUGCACCUUUUUACACCCACAACCUGGAUCCAGUCAAAACAAGAUUGAGCAGAUCUGUAAGAAAGCAAUGG